AUGAGGCUCGCACUCCUCCCCGCUCUCAUCAGCGCGGCUCUCUGCCUCGUGCCCUCUGGCUUGGCGUGGGGCAUCACGGGCCACCAGAUCGUAGCCACAAUCGCCCAAACGCAGCUGCACCCGGCCGUUCGCGAGCAGCUCUGCACGAUCCUGCCCAACUACACGCAGUACCCGUCGCACUGGCCAACAUCCGCCUCCGACACGCCUCGCACACACUGCCAUCUGGCGGUCCUAGCUGGGUGGCCCGAUACGAUCCGCUACCGAUAUCCGUGGAGUGGCGAGCUGCACUACGUGAACCCGGUCGACGACCAUCCGCCCGCGCAGUGCUUUUACGGCGAGACUGGCUGGACGUCGGAGCUCAACGUUCUCAGUGCGUUGGUCAACUACACGUCGCGCGUCGUGACGCAGUCCGGCUGGGAGCGCGACAUGGCGCUGCGCUUCGUCGUACAUCUCUUCGGUGACGCCCACCAGCCUCUGCACCUCACGGGCAGGGCACGUGGCGGCAACGAUGUGUGGGUGCACUUUGAAGGCAGGAAAGCCCGACUGCAUACGGUCUGGGAUACGUUGCUGAUCGACAAGCAGAUCCGAGAGCUGGCCAAUUACACCACGCCGCUGGCGUCGCGGAGGAUCGAAAGCGCACUGGUGGGCGCGCGGUACGAUCCGCUCGUGAGGUAUAUUCUCAAGGAGGGUCUGGGCCAGCCUGCGACGCGUGGACAGGCAGAGAAGGCAUGGUGGCGGGACGAAUCGGAGCGAUGGGCGACUUGCGAGGGUAAAGCUCGGAAAGACACCGAGGCGACGUGGGCCGCAGAGGGCCAGCUGAUGUUCGCUGCAGACGCGACGAGUCCAGCUGCGGUGGACGAUACGGAUCUGCCGAUCUGCCCGUACGAGUGGACCAAGUCCAUGCACCCGCUCGUUUGCGAGUACGCGUUUGCACCGCCCGUGCCUGUAUGGGAACCAACCCCCCGUGCGCUGCGGGGUGGACAGACUCCAUCGCCCAUGCCCGCACCAGAACCAGAACUCGACGUCCCCGAAUACGUCGGGCGCAUCGAACACGACAAGAUCAUUCACAAGCAGCUCGCCAUGGCGGGCAUCCGACUCGCUGCUGUGCUCAACACCUUGCUGCUUCCAUCCGAAUCGGGCGACUCCAUGUGA